AUGGCGUGUAAAAAUAUGUCUCAGCAGAAAGAUAUGCUGCUCCAAAUAACUAAAAUUAGUGAUGCGAUAAGACAAAAGCAUAAAAUAUUAAAAGUUGAUAAAGACACUUCUGAACAGACUGCAAAUGAAAUGUUUAAAGCUAUUAAAGGUGAACAUAGUGACUAUCAAACUAUUUAUGAUAAUAGUGACACACAUCGUGGUCAGAAUACUUAUGAUGACUUAAAUGCGAACAGUACUAGCAGCAGCAACUUGGAUGAAACCAUUUUAUCUCAUCCUCCAACCUCUACAAGCACACCACUGAAAUAUCAUAACUCUAUAUCUAAAUAUAUUGAUAUGUUGAAUAAAAAAAAUCCUAAAGGCUUGGAUACAAGAUUUGGUAUUCGUAAAAAAAAUAAUCAAUUAUUUUUUAAUAAUUCACCUGUUCAAUUUAGAGAUAAUAUAAUAUCAGUAAAUAAUCAAAAUCAUGUUCUAUCUCCGGGGCUUAUAGAAUUGUUAUUUAAAAGUGAUCCAAAUGAAAAUUCAAUUACUACAAGUGAUUUAGAUGUGUACCAAAAACUCAUUGUUUCAACGAAUACUCACAGGGAAAAUUAUGAAUCUGAAAGAAGUCUUUAUGUUGAGAGGACUGCUAAAUAUACUAAAUAUAUUGCUGACUUUGUUCAAUCACCACUAAAAAGAGGUAAAGGGCUACCUGACUUAAUGACUGUUUCAAAGAAACGAAAAUAUGUGGAUUAUGUUUAUUGGGAUGAUCCUAAUGAACUCAUAGAUCGCCUUCGCCUGUUAAUAGCAUCUCAAGCAGCUGGCAACACUAGUCAUUCUAAUGAAAUAAUUUCAAUCAUUGAAGAGCUACAAGAAGCUAAAAUUAUUUAUUAA